GAUCUCCUUUGAUCCUGACAUGAUUGCUCUACAGACCCAAUAAAAGAGAGAGAGAGCCUCUCGAGACAUCCAUUGUUGAUUAGCUUUUAAGAUAAGGCAAGGCUUUUUGGACAAAGCAUCCUUUAAUUUGCCAACUUCCAAUCUCGUGAUUUGAUUCCUGCAACCUAGAAGCCAUGAUGGAGGGGACCAUGGCAUGGUAGUUGCAAGCUCCUCCUCUGCUGGCCCACUAAACUGAAUGGCUUCUAAGAGCUGGCGGAUCACCGGAGGUCGAAAAGGGAUGGUAACUCCAUCUUCUCCAAGCUGCUGCAUGGGGACAGGCCUUCUACUACUGCUUGCAUUCGUUUCAGGCCUUCGAGUCGGUUAUGGCAUCACAGAUCCCACAGAUGCUGCUGCUCUCCGAUCUCUAAUUGAUACAUGGCAGAACACACCACCAAAUUGGGGGCAGUCGGAUGAUCCCUGUGGCACACCAUGGGUAGGGGUCAGCUGCCACGGUUCAAGAGUGACCGCCCUGACACUGUCGACGAUGGGCCUCAAAGGUAUAUUAAGUGGUGACAUAGGGCAACUCAGCGAACUGCAAUCCCUGGACCUGUCGUACAAUAAUGAGCUUGGUGGCCCACUUACUGCAAAUAUUGGAAACCUGAAGAAGCUCGCCACCUUAAUCUUGCUCGGCUGCAGCUUCAGUGGCCAAAUCCCAGAUGAAUUAGGAAAUCUAGGAAAGCUCUCAUACCUAGCUCUCAAUUCAAAUAAGUUCACUGGUAGCAUACCUGCUUCCCUGGGUACCCUUUCCAAUCUCUACUGUCUAGAUGUGUCAGACAAUCAGUUGAGCGGGCCCAUCCCCAUUUCCAAUAAUGGAGCCCCUGGACUGGACCAGCUUUUACAAGCAAAGCACUUUCAUUUUAGCAAGAACAAGCUAUCAGGUCCCAUCCCUGAACAUCUCUUCAGCUCAAAAAUGUCCCUGAUACACAUACUUUUUGAUGGAAAUGAACUUACCGGGGAAAUUCCGCGUUCCAUCGGACUCAUAGAAUCUCUCGAGGUUCUGAGACUUGACAGAAAUUCUCUGACUGGCUCUGUUCCGUCAAGUAUUAACAAGCUGACAACAAUCAGUGAACUUGGUUUAGCAAACAACCAGUUAAGUGGACCAAUGCCGGAUCUAACAGGGAUGAACGCCCUCAGUUUUGUGGAUUUAAGCAACAACACAUUUGAUCCUUCAGAAAUCCCAGCUUGGUUAUCGCAAACAGAAUCUCUCACUGUUCUAGUGAUACAAUCUGGAGGGCUUCAUGGGCAGGUGCCAGAAAAGCUGUUCAGCCAUCCUCGACUACAGCAAGUAAUACUUGAUGACAACAAAUUCAACGGUACCCUUGUCAUGGGUGACAGCGUUAGCCAGCAAUUACAGAUUGUGAGUUUCAAAAAUAACGACCUUGAAUCAGUCAUCCAGAGUCCCAGCUAUACCAAGACUUUAAUACUUUCUGGAAACCCUGUGUGCAAUAAUCCGCGCUCAGAAGAUAUCUAUUGCAGAGUUCAUCAAAACCAAUCAUUACCUUACUCCACUAGUCUCGCCAAGUGUGGUCCUAACCAAUGCCCCCCAGAGCAGAGUCUCAGUCCAUCAGAAUGCAACUGUGCUUAUCCAUACGAGGGAGAGAUGUUUUUCAGAGGACCUGGAUUCCGAGAUGUGACAAACAGCACAUUGUUCCAAGAGCUGGAGAGCACCAUGUGGACAGCACUUGGCCUACAACCCGGCUCAGUGUUUCUUGAUAACCCAUCGUUCACUGACGAUUCUUAUCUGCAGUUGCAAGUAAAACUCUUCCCAUCCGAUGGAAUGUACUUCAACCGGUCAGAGAUUCAGAGAAUUGGGUUUGAUCUGAGCAACCAAACCUACAAACCUCCCGAUGUUUUUGGACCAUACAAUUUCAUGGCAUCACCAUACCCAUUCCCAGAUGUUGCAGGAAGAUCCCCAAUGAGGGCAACGAGGGCGGGUUUGAUCGCUGGAAUAUCAGUUGGCGGUGCUCUCCUUGUCCUUGGACUUGUAGGAGCAGGUGUCUAUGCCUUGAGACAGAAGAAAAGGGCACAAAGAGCACUGGAACUAAGCAAACCUUUUGCAUCAUGGACUCACAGUGAAGAUUGCGCUGGUGCACCACAAUUGAAAGGAGCAAGAUGGUUUUCGUUUGAUGAACUAAAGAAAAGCACCAACAGUUUUUCAGAAACUAACGAAAUUGGAUCAGGCGGCUAUGGAAAGGUCUAUAGAGGAAUGCUUUCAAGCGGGCAACUAGUUGCAAUUAAGAGGGCACAAGAGGGAUCCAAGCAAGGCGCGCACGAGUUCAGGAAUGAAAUUGAGUUGCUAUCUAGGGUUCAUCACAAGAACCUCGUAGGACUUGUAGGUUUCUGCUUUGAGAAAGGGGAGCAGAUGCUCGUAUAUGAGUUCAUGCAUAAUGGAACGCUACGUCAAAGCUUGUCCGGGAAGAGUGGAAUAAAACCGGACUGGAAGAGGAGACUCCGCAUUGCACUAGGCUCGGCAAGAGGAUUGGCUUAUCUUCAUGAACUUGCUGAUCCUCCAAUAAUUCACAGAGAUGUUAAGUCAAGUAAUAUCCUUUUGGAUGAAAACUUAAAUGCAAAGGUUGCAGAUUUUGGCCUCUCGAAAUUGGUAUCAGACUGUGAAAAAGGACAUGUUAGCACACAAGUAAAAGGAACAAUGGGCUAUCUCGAUCCGGAGUAUUAUUUGACACAACAACUGUCAGAUAAGAGUGAUGUUUAUAGCUUUGGGGUGGUGAUGCUAGAGCUGCUGACUGCUAGGCAACCAAUAAAGAAGAGCAACUAUAUAGUUCGCGAGGUCAAGACGGCAAUAAAUAUGAAGGAUGAAGAGUACUAUGGUCUCAAGGAGAUAAUGGAUCCCAUAAUUCAGAACACAACACAUCUCAUAGCUUUCAGACGAUUCAUAGAAUUGGCCAUGCGCUGUGUCGAAGAAUCAGCUGCAGACCGCCCAACAAUGAGCAAUGUUGUAAAGGAAAUUGAGACGAUGUUGCACAAUACUGGUAUGGACACGAACUCAAAUUCAGCAUCUUCAUCUGCCACAGACUUUGGAAACACAAAGGGUGAUCUUCAUCAUCCUUACAGUGAUUCAUUUCCUCGAAAGGAUGUUAGCAGCGGUGCUUUCGAAUAUAGUGGUGGAUACUCUCCGUUAGCAGAUCCUGAGCCCCAGUAGCAGAUAUUCUUUUCCUUUUACAUGAUCUUUCUUCGCUGUAGAUCUCCAGUAUAUAUUUGUCAGCGUCCUAAACAAAGUAUACACAGACCACUAAAUGUUACUGCAGUUUGUAAGUAUGGAUAGUUUCCCCCCUAAAUAGAACGCCAAAUAUAUAUAUUUUGGUAA